AAAUAGCCUUGUCCUCCCCGAAGCCGCCAACAGCCCAAAGCAGAACAGCACCUGGCCCUACUCAGCAGCACCAGCCCAGCUUUGAACUGCACGAUUUGUUUUCGCCACAUACAAAACACUAGCACCACCGCCUUAUCGUUUUGCGCUGCACCGCGGACUCACCUGUCCGCGUUUGCGCUCGUCUCUGACCAUGUCGCGCCCAUGGCCGGCCGAGAUGGACCCUCGAUGGGCUCGCCAGCGAGCGCCUCCCAUGGAUCCCGCAAGCCAUGCCGCCUACACACACAGCCGGACGCGGACGACAUCGUCGAAUACUUUUCCUGCGGGCAUGAUGCAACCACCCGCCCCUCCCCAAAAUUAUCCCCCGCAGAUGCAUCUUGUCCAACCCCAGGCGAACCACCAGCGCCGAUCGCCCAGCGUCAACACAUUUAGCACCGUCUCGAGCGGAGGAAUGGCGCCUCCGGCAGCAUACAGGACAUCGCCUACAUUAGACAUUAGGAGAUCCACCUCGAGCCGCUCUGGCGGGAACUCGGGCGCACCCCAGUCGUCUUACGUGGCGCUCCUCAGGAGGCAGAAGGCUACUGUAUGGUGCGAGCGCGCCCAGUACGAAGACCCCAGGUUGCUCGCACAGCAGCGAGCCGCCAAAAUACGAGCGGAGCGCGAGGUGCUAGGAUCCGGCAGCGGCCUCGGCCUCAGCGCGGGCGCCUUGGCUGGCCGCACUUCUACCGGGCUUAGCUCUACUGGCACGAGAGUGGCCGCUAAAAUACGCCAUCAUGGCAAGAACACUGUGGUCGACUAUUCCCCCGGAACCAACUUCCACGGCGUCGGGGGAGUUCCACUUCGACUAAGCGCAACCGAGGUGGAAGGGGAGGAGAGCGAUGACGACGACGCUAUCGCGCAGAGGAUGCACCACCGCAGGACGGGGAGCUCUGGUCGGACUAGCAUCUCUAGCGGCAAGAGAACGGCGGCAUAUCGUUCGCCCGGAGGCCUCGGGCUGGUGAACCCGCCCGGUGGGGGCACGAAGUGGAGCCCUGACGCAACCCCGGAGCGCAGGGGUUCUGUGGCCGAGGACGUCAAGCUGGGCGAGCCGGCACUCGCAGCAGCAGGGGACGACUCGGCCAGCGGGAAAGCAAGGAGUUUUGGCAGUGGCAGCAGCGGAGAGCGGCUGGACAAUGUCCCGGAUCUCUCAUCCGCCAACGCGACACACCUCGCCAACAACAGCAUGAAGCACGCCACGGUGACUCGCGAAAAGAGCGUCAAGAGUGUCGACGAGCUGAAACGGCGAGGCAGCGUAGACGAGCGGACGAUGACCCUGACCGCGGGCCGGCUGUACAUUGCGAAUCCGGACUAGAUUGAGAGCAGCAUAAUGGGUGGUGAGGGACAGGAUCCUAAAGCCCGCUGCCCGAGCGAUUUCUUUCCUUAGUCACAGCGUCGCAAUACACACAAUACAAUACCCACUCGCACCGGCAUAUCUCGGCACUGAGGACUACGAGUUUGCGUACCUCAAUGGAUCCAAUGUUUUAUCUAUCACGCUCAGUCUUGUUUCCCAACCUUCGUUGCUCAUACAUGGUUUGUCCGUUUAAUCUACUGCUUCAUGGGCACAGUGAGCGAGGGGAGAUGCCCGGGAUGGGCUUGGUC